CGCAAUUAGCCGCGACCUCCGCUAAAACAGAGCGCCCGUUUAGAUCCAGAGAUCUAGACUGUUCCCGAGUCUCAUCCUCGCCCUCGCGCCGAAGCAAGCAACCAUGCGCCCCACCGGCAGGUACCUAGGCCUCGACCUCUCUGCCGGCGCUGACCUGAGGCCGGCGUUCGACGUGCUGGACGCGGACCGCGACGGCCGCAUCAGCCGCGAGGACCUCAAGUCCUUCUACGCCGCCGCCGCGGCCACGGGCGAUCGGUUCGACGACGACGACCUCGCGGCCAUGAUCGCGGCCGCCGACGCAGACCGCGACGGGUUCGUGCAGUACGACGAGUUCGAGCGCCUCCUGGGCCGCGCUGCCGCCGCUGCCGCGGGGGGUUGGGGGGGCGGGUGCCGGUCCGCGAUGGAAGACGCGUUCCGGCUGAUGGACCGGGACGGGGAUGGCAAGGUCGGGUUCGAGGACCUCAAGGCGUACCUCGGGUGGGCCGGGAUGCUGGCCGCCGACGAGGAGGUCCGCGCCAUGAUCCGCGUCGCCGGCGGCGGAGACGGCGACGGCAGCGUGGGGAUCGAGGCGCUCGCCAGGGUGCUCGCUGUUGAUUUGGAAGGAAUCGCCCUCUGAAACUCCGACUUGAUUGCGCAGAGCCCCUGCGAUUAAUUUUUGGGCGGUUCUUUUUGUUAUAUUUGGUUGGUGACCACGAAGCGGGCCUGUUAUGAUGUGAUGGAUGUGCUGUUCUCGAGGAUCGUGAGGCUUGUCUGUAUUCUACCUGCUCUCCACAAAAGAAAUUGAAAAGUUUGUACUCUA